UUUCUCCACCCUCUCAGGGCUGAAUGGGCUUCCGGGACCCCCUCCUGUCGCGAGAAGUUGGCGCCACUUCUGCGCGGUGAGCCGCGGUGACUCGCCGUCCCGGGCUGAAAGCGCCACGCGGGCCCGCGCGGGAGGAGCGGGGCCUCUGAGGGGAGCGGCGACCCCGCCGGCCCCGGUCUCUUUCGUUGGCGGCGGCGGCGGCGGCUUUUUCCAUAGGACAAUAUGUUCAAGAGAAUGGCCGAAUUUGGACCUGACUCCGGCGGGAGAGUGAAGGGGGUUACUAUUGUUAAGCCAAUAGUCUAUGGCAAUGUGGCUCGAUAUUUCGGAAAGAAAAGAGAAGAGGAUGGGCACACCCAUCAAUGGACAGUGUAUGUAAAGCCAUAUAAAAACGAGGAUAUGUCAGCAUAUGUGAAGAAGAUCCAGUUUAAAUUACAUGAAAGCUAUGGCAAUCCUCUUAGAGUUGUUACUAAGCCUCCAUAUGAAAUUACUGAAACAGGAUGGGGUGAAUUUGAAAUAAUCAUCAAAAUCUUUUUCAUUGAUCCUAAUGAACGACCUGUAACCCUCUAUCACUUAUUAAAGCUUUUUCAGUCAGAUACCAAUGCAAUGCUGGGAAAAAAGACUGUGGUUUCAGAGUUCUAUGAUGAAAUGAUAUUUCAAGACCCAACAGCAAUGAUGCAACAGUUACUAACAACAUCUCGUCAGCUAACUUUAGGAGCCUAUAAGCAUGAAACAGAAUUUGCAGAAAUUGAAGUGAAGACCAGAGAAAAAUUAGAAGCAGCGAAAAAAAAAACAAGCUUUGAAAUUGCAGAGCUCAAAGAGCGAUUAAAAGCAAGUCGUGAAACUAUAAACUGUUUAAAAAAUGAAAUUAGGAAACUCGAAGAAGACGACCAGACAAAAGAGAUAUAAGCCGUUCUGAAGAGAACUUGAUAACAGGCUAAAGUGAAAAUAAGUGAAUAUUAAAGGGAAAAUGAAUUUCAAGUACUAUGUUUCUUAGAGAAACUAUUUAUGUGUGUAUAUAUAAUUAUUGGUUUCUCAGCUAUAGCAUCAAAAUGUUUGUACUUUUUAAACAACCUUUAAUGUGAAAUGUACAUGUACACUGAAAUGCUGUAUAGGUGUUUUAUCAGCCAUUUUUUAGGGUAAUUCUAUGAUGUUAAGCACAACUUAGAAUUUUUUAUUGCAUUGUAUAUAUAGCUUAUCCUUUGACAGACAUCAAAACUUCACUAUAAAGUAUAACUUGUACAAAUCUUGUACCAAGUUAAUAUAAAUUAAUGGUGAGAUAAUGUGUAUAUUUAAUUUCCUUAUGUGCUUCCCUCCCUUGUCAUAACUCUCAUAUUUGAUGUGCUCGGGAAGUAUUCAAUAAAUGUAGUUUAUGGAACCUG